AUGCUGCCGCUCACCGCCGCUGCAGUGGAGGCGAACAGCAGCAACGAGGCCACUGUGCUGUCGCACACGCUACACAUGCAACAAGGGUACACGCGCAGCCUCCUCGGAAGUCGCGAGGAAUACGUGAGCGUGGCGGAGAUCAACAACGCGUGCGGCAGCUUGCUGCGGCUGCUGCAACAUCUCAUCGACUGGCAUCGCAUCCCCGUGCAGAACUCGGCGCUGCGGCCGAACGGGGAGCAGAGCACAGUGGAGGCGAUCACAGCGCGUGGUUCACCUUUGAAGGUGUCACGGCGCGUGGCCGACUUCUUCAUUAACGAAAAGUUCUUCGCCUGGAAGACGUUCGGAACCGGGUGCAGCAUCGUCACCAGCUGCGUGCUGGAGAUCGUGUCGUGGAUGACGGACCGGCUCCAGUUGCUUGCGGAUGAUGUGCGUCAACACCUCGCCAGAGAGGAGGAUGAGAAUUCGCCGGUGGAUUCGUCCGUGUCGUCGUGCGCGGCCGCUGUACUGCAGUCGCUGACUCCGCCCACCCCGCCGUACGUUGUUACGCAGGAUCGCGUGGAUGGCUUCUCUGUGCGCCACGGAGACGUGAGCGAUGAGUUGUGGACGAUUGCGAUAAAGAAACUGCUUGCGGUCGUGCAGUGGUGCGUGAUGGCCUCGCGCGAUGUGGAUAGCCUGCAGCGCCUGCUUGGCGAGGAGGGGGAUUCGUAG